AUGUAUCGCCGAGUUCACACGUACUACAUCCAUCCUUUCCGGUUAACUUUUCCUAUCGAUCAAGUACUUCCCUUACUCCACUACCUCGAUGCCGGGCGCUCUUCCACUGUAAUUGACGUGUUUUAUGCUGCAGUGGCCGUAGUGGUGGCGUUCUUUAUCUGCUGGGCGCCCUUCCACUCGCAGCGCCUGCUGGCCGUCUACUGCAGCAGCAUAGACAAGGAUCAGCAGAGUCCUGCUCUCCUCAACAUCUACACGUACCUCACCUACGUGUCUGGCGUGCUCUACUUCUUGUCGACCACUGUCAACCCUCUGCUCUAUCACAUCAUGUCUAAGAAAUUCAGACAGGCGUUUAAGUCGACCUUAGCCCAGCUGUGUGGGCCCGAGCGCAAGGGUAGCUAUCAGUCAAGGAGCUACAGCAUCCUGUCACGAGGCCAUCAGAACCUGGGAGGUCCUAGGUCCUCGGUGUCCUGCGCCGUCAAGGAUCCUGUCAUCUGCCGAGCCGGGACUGUCGGGCCUCUGAGGGCCUCCGUCCAGCCUGCGCCGCGCUCUCCCAUCCACGUGAUCAGCACCAAGCUGAGGCUGACACACAGGAGCAUCGACAGCGGCACCAUCAGCAACUCCAGCCUCCAGGACAUGGAGGACACGGAGUACACGGGGCUGGAGCUGGCCAACUACAUGGGCGAGCUGAACAGGACGGGUCGGUGACGAUGGAGGCAGCGGCGGUGCUUCACGGUGUAGUCUGCAGAGAGGGUGGCACCGGAGUGGGUAGAGUGGAGUGUGCACGAGCUGAGGACCAAUCACUCAAACUGACAUUGAAACUGGUGAUAACAAAUAAGUAUUAGUGAAGAUGUAUAAAUUUGUAGAAAACAUACGUAAGGCAUAAAAGGAUCUAAGCAUUUCUGAAUAAUAUUUCUUGCAAUAUUGGAGCGACCUGUGAUAGGCUACAGUAGCGAAACAUCUGUUGCUACAUCUAACCAGAUCUGCACAAUAUUGGAGCGAACUGUGAUAGGCUACAGUGAAGAAACAUCUGUUGCUACAUCUAACCAGAUCUGCACAAUAUUGGAGCAAACUGUGAUAGGCUACAGUGGAGAAACAUCUGUUGCUACAUCUAACCAGAUCUGCACAAUAUUGGAGCGAACUGUGAUAGGCUACAGUGGAGAAACAUCUGUUGCUACAUCUAACCAGAUCUGCACAAUAUUGGAGCGAACUGUGAUAGGCUACAGUGGAGAAACAUCUGUUGCUACAUCUAACCAGAUCUGCACAAUAUUGGAGCGAACCGUGAUAGGCUACAGUGGAGAAACAUCUGUUGCUACAUCUAACCAGAUCUGCACAAUAUUGGAGCGAACCGUGAUAGGCUACAGUGGAGAAACAUCUGUUGCUACAUCUAACCAGAUCUGCACAAUAUUGGAGCAAACUGUGAUAGGCUACAGUGGAGAAACAUCUGUUGCUACAUCUAACUAGAUCUGCACAAUAUUGGAGCGAACUGUG